UCAAAUUGAAAAAAUGGGGCAGAAAUUGAAAACCCCUAACAUUCUAUUUAAAGCAGGUCGGGCUCAAGCCGAUCAGGUCUACCAUCGAGUCCAUCUGCCCAUUUCUGACCUGCAUCGCGCGCUAGAAUUAUAUUGCCGCCAACAACCAACGGCUACUAUUACAGUUAAAAGUUCAAACAUUUGUGCUUAUAAUUAACAGAUGUGGUUAACUAAACACUUUAAAACCUUACUAUCAUCCUGCAAACAAAAAUCGACGCUUUCAAAAAUACAUGCACUCCUCAUUACCAGCGGUUUAUUCAACCAGAGAAACCCAGCUACAAAGCUCAUAUCAUCCUAUGCUCAUAUUGGCGACAUCAAACUUGCACGCCAAGUGUUCGACGAAUUGCCUCAGAGAGGUAUUGAUGCUUGGAAUGCAAUGAUUGUUGCAUAUUCACGAAUGGGUUUUUAUAGUGAGGUUGUGGAUCUUUAUUGGAAGAUGGUUUCUGAUGGGUUGAAGCCGGAUAGUUCGUCUUUUACGGUGACUAUUAAGGCGUGCGCAAGCUUGUGUGAUUUCGAAAUGGGAGAAGAGGUCUGGCAUCAGGCUGUUGAGUAUGGGUAUAAGGAUGAUGAUUUUGUUGCCUGUUCGGUGCUGAAUUUGUUGACCAAAGGUGGGAAGAUGGUGGAGGCGAAAGCGGUUUUUGAGGGGAUGAAGAGGAAGGAUCUUGUUUGUUGGACAACGAUGGUGACUGGGUUUGCAAAGAUUGGACAGGGGAUGGAAUCAAUUGGAGUUUUUCGUGAGAUGCAACGACAUGGGAUGGAAGGAGAUGGGGUUGUCAUGUUGGGAUUAAUUCAAGCUUGCACUGAUAUUGGGGAUAUGAAGAUGUGUCUUUCAGUACAUGGACAUUUAAUAAGAAGAAAUCUUCAAAUGGAUGUUGUUAUUCAUACUAGUCUUGUGGAUAUGUACGCAAAGAACGGUCAUUUAGGCGUGGCAUAUAGUGUUUUCUGUAACAUGCCUCAGAAAAAUGUUGUUUCUUGGAGUGCUUUAAUAUCAGGCUAUGCUCAAAAUGGUUUUGCUAAAGAAGCUCUUGAAUUAUUGAUAGAGAUGCAGAGGGUUAGAUGCAGACCAGAUUCAGCCUCUCUUGUAAGUGCUCUUUUAGCUUGUUCACAUGUUGGAUACUUGAAAAAGGGUAAGUCAAUUCAUGCAUAUAUUCUUCGUAGACAAGAAUUUGAACAUGUUUCUUCUACUGCUGUGAUUGACAUGUAUGCCAAAUGUGGGGUUCUUUCAUCUGCUCGUGUUCUCUUUGAUACGAUAAGUUGCAAAGAUGUUAUCUUAUGGAAUACUAUGAUCGCAAGUUAUGGAAUUCACGGUCAUGGAAAGGAUGCCCUCUCAGUUUUCCAUGAGAUGAUCAAGACUAACUCAGUUCCCGAUGAUGCAACAUUCGCGUCUCUUCUUUCAGGUUUAGGUCAUUCAGGACUUAUAGAGCAAGGCAAACACUGGUUCAAUGAAAUGAUCAACAGAUACAAGAUUGAACCUAGAGAAAAACAUUAUGCUUGUGUUGUUGAUAUGUUGGCUCGUGCAGGUAAAGUAGAAGAAGCUCUUGAUUUAAUAAACUCCAUGAAAAUACAUGAAGCUGGAAAUGGAAUGUCCAUCUGGGCCGCCCUUUUAUCUGGUUGUCAUAAUCAUAGAAAAUUUUCCAUUGGAGAGUUGGCUGCAAAGAAAGUUCUAGAAUUACAGCCAGAUGAUUCUGGAAUCUAUUCUUUAGUUGCAAACUUUUUUGCAUCAGCGAAAAAGUGGAAGGAAGUAGGUGAGGUGAGGAACGCGAUGAGGAAGGCUGGUAUGAAGAAAGUCCCUGGGUAUAGCAUGGUAGAGGUGAAAGGUAAGCUUCAUGCUUUUCUUAUGGAAGAUAAAAGCCAUUAUCAGUAUGAGGAAAUGGUGAUGAUAAUAGAGAAAUUGGACCAUGAGAUGAGAAGCAUGGGUUAUACACCAAAAACUGAGUAUGUUUUGCAUGAUGUUGAGGAAGAAGUGAAGGUGAGAAUGUUAAGUUUUCAUAGUGAGAGACUGGCUAUUGCAUUUGGCCUUUUGAAUACUGAAUCAGGGACUAAGCUGGUGAUUACUAAGAAUCUAAGAGUUUGUGGAGAUUGUCAUGAAGCAAUCAAAUAUAUAUCGAAAAUUGUCGAUAGGGAGAUUGUUGUAAGGGAUGUGAAACGAUUUCAUCACUUCAAGCAUGGUGUCUGCUCAUGUGGAGAUUACUGGUGAGUGGUGAGUACAGGUGCCAAAUCCUUUUAUCAACUGAUCAUUCUCUGAAGGUGGCUUCUGGAUUUUCUGGAAACUGGGAUCAUUGUUUGCUAAGACACCCGAGGGAAUUUCUCAGAAGAUUAGCAUGCCAAGUUGCUUAUUGGUGAAAUUGCAAUGUUACAAGAGUUUGUGGGAGAUCACGUCACCUCUGAAACAAUUCAAUACAUAUUCAGGAUUGUCAACAGACAAUUUUGAGACGAUUGAUUGUUCAAACACGAGUGUGGUAAGAUACAUAUGAUUCAGUAUCAUCAGUACAAGUGAUCGGAGAUUUGUGCCCCUUGGAUAUGCAGAUUAGCUUCGUUCUCAUUCAAAUGGGAAUAAUUGUUGGAAGUAAAGCUUGAAAAAGAAGUCCAUCGGACCAUCGGGCGGAUGGCGCCCGAUCGGGCGCGCGUACUAAGAAAAAUGGGUGAGUAAUUCGCCCGAUCGGGCGGUGGGCGCCCGAUCGAGCGGACCAUCCGGCGGAUGCAAAAAGACGUUUUUUGGACGUUGGUUUGCUUCCUUGGGAUUCCUUUUUUGGCAGCCUUAUUAAGUAUGAUGAUUUAAGGGUUGUUAACCUUUCUGAUUAUAAUGAGUUAAGUGAGUUUAACUCCCUGUUGAUUAAAGGGGUUUUAACUCUUCAUUUUCAUAUGUUAAUUGUCAUGAUUAAGUUCAAUGGAUUCCUUUGAGUCCUUUGAUCUCCUUGGGCUGUUUGAUAUCCUCCACUAAUCCUAUAUAACACUUGCUUCA